AUGCCCAAGUCUUUCUCUCCAAACUCAAGCAAUCCCCCCCACACCAAAGUAAUUGUCGCAUCGCAACCUCGUCAUGUCGUAAUCCACCCAACAAUCCUCGACAACAGCCCUUUGGCUACCCAAAAAUGGGACUUGAUGGUACUCCUUCAAAACAGUGACCCAGCGACGAAGGACCCGAUCCCCGCAUCUCUCCGCACAUCAAUCCAGAACUCGUACGACAUCACGACUGGAAUUCCAUCCAAACUACUCUCUUCUUACCCCACUCGCGAUGCCACGCUGAAGCGAGAAACUGCGUCAACCCCCUUAACAGGAGCCCUAGACAAACUUCUCAAAAAUGGAAGCAAGGACUCUUCGCAGAACCUAGAAGUGUCACCUCAGCUCCUCCAGUUCAUGACCGAGCUCUCUAAAUCGCAUACCGGCCCCGUGACAAUGCUUAACCUGCUGCAUUUUCAGCAGCCGGAUGGCAAAAAGAGCUACUACCAGUACGGGCAGGCGUUCAUGCCUGUCGCUGGCAAGAGAGGCGGCAGUGCCAAGCUUGUGGGCAAUGUCGUGAAACCUGGGGAGGGGCAGAAAGAUGACUCGCGGGGCUCGAGAGAGCGGGCGCCGCAGGACUGGUGGAAUGAGAUUUCGAUUGUUCAUUAUCCGUCCAUUCGCCAUUUCUGUGAUAUGUUGGCUGGAGAGGACUAUCAGGCUAUCAAUGAGAAGUAUCGGCUUGGGGCUCUUCGUGAUACAUUUUUGCUUUGUACGACGGAAUUCGAGGCUGAGGAUGUCGCAAAUGCGAAGCUUUGA